UGUGAUCGUUCGACACAUUCAAGACAUUCAUUCUGCAGCACAGUCACACUGCAUCUGAUCCUUGCCACGGACGCCUCUGACGCAGCCACCAAAUUAUGAUUUCCGUGCCACACAAAACUGUCACGCGAGCACUUGCCUGAUUCGAUUUUCUACUUCUUCAACAUAAUUCACAACCAUGAAGUUCGCCCACGAAUUGCAGGAAACCCUGGAGAAGGAGGGGUUUCCACCAGGAUGGAUUGCUACUGCUAUACCAUAUUCCAAAUUGAAGAAGUUGCUGAAAAAGGUUCAGUUAGAGCUAGAGAGUCUGGGUUUAGAUCGCCAAACCCUUUCUCAACUUGCCCCUCCAUCCGAUGAUCCUACUGAUCGUAGAGGAAGUGGGGUGGCGAUCCAAUACGAAAUUGACGGGAAAAUCAAACUGGUUCCAAAACUCACUCUCUUCAUCCAGGUCGAAGGCGGAAGUGCUGUAGAUGCAAUCCUAUCUCCUGAAACUAGAGAAUACUUGGAACAUCUAGCCAGAAGCCAGCCCGGCAGUAACAAUGCUGGACAAUAUGAACAUAAUCCACCUAUGCCUGGUUUAGACACCCAAGUCAUAGACAGAAGAUGCAUUUCUUCGCCUUACUCGAGCGAGGUGUAAUCUGUCUUGUUCUUCUUGUCUGGAGUGACUAACAUGUUCUGUAGACUAAGCAAAUCCCUUGAUAGACCCGGGUUCAAACGUGUUGAAGUACCUCUAACGUUUGAUACCGAGUUUUUCGACAUAUUAUACGGCGAUGUCGUUAACCUCGAUACUCUUCAAAAUGAGCAACAGAAAGCUGUAGCUAGUAAUAUCAACACAUUGUCUUCUCAACUCGUCCGCCUAGCUCGGUACGUCUAGCCCACCCGACCUU